AUGCAUCUCAGCAGCACCCUCUUCAUAGUAGCCACAAGCUACCUAACAAGCGUCUACGCCGAUUCCACAGACGAAACAGUCGGUUCCUCCUCCAAACGCGGUCUCGUCUUCGUCCCCAACUCCAAAUACCCAUCCGAUAAUCAAGUCUGGGUACAACCAGGUUCAGAUCUAACAUGGUACUAUAACUAUGGCAUUGCCGCAUCUCCAGCCUACUCCAACCGCACCCAAGAAGAAUUCGAAUUCGUACCUAUGCUCUGGAGUACCUCGACCACCUUCCUCUCAGACAUCAAAUCGCUAAUUUCCGGUGGUCGCAACGUAACUCACGUAUUAACCUACAACGAACCCGAUGGAACAUCCUCAACAGGCGGAUCUCAAAUAUCCGCAUCAGUCGCCGCGGCGAAUUGGAUAAGUCAAGUAGAACCACUGCGCGCAUUGGGUAUUAAGACAGGAGCGCCAGCGGUAACGGGUUCAUCGAGGGGAAUGAGUUGGUUGAGUGCUUUUUUUGAUGCCUGUACGACAUUGGGGACGAAUUGUACUGCGGAUUUUAUUCCAGUGCAUUGGUACGGGGAUUUCGAGGGGUUAGCUAGUCAUAUUGGACAAGUUCGCGGGACCUACCCCAACACCACAAUCUGGCUCACCGAAUACGCACUCAACGACUCUCCCCUCGAAACAACCCAAUCUUUCUUCAAUACCUCGGCCGAAUAUUUCGACCGUCUCAAUUACAUCGAUCGCUAUUCGUAUUUUGGUUCGUUUAGGAGUAGCGUGAGUAAUGUGGGGUAUAAUGCGACGAUGUUGGAUCAGCGCGGUAGAUUGACUGAUAUUGGGAGUUGGUAUCUUGGUGGGAAGAGCACGGGGAAUGUACCGGAGAAGAGUGGCGUGGGGAGAUUGUGUGGGAUUGGGAGGGGAUUGGGAUGGGCGCUGGGUACGUGA